GGGAACUCUCGCGGUGACGUCACGCGGUGCGGAAGCGCGCGGGCCGCCACUGGUGACCAUGCCCGCUGCCAAGUCCUCGGCGGAGAAGACGGCGCUGGUGGCGAGGAGGGUCGGGGUCGUGCCCGACUUCCCCAAGCCCGGCAUCUUAUUUCGAGAUGUGUGCCCCCUGCUCAAGGACCCAGAGGCCUUCAAUGCCACUAUUGAGCUCCUGGAGGAGAAGCUGCAGAAACACGUGGGCAGCGUGGACCUGAUUGCGGGGCUGGAGGCUCGCGGAUUCUUGUUCGGCCCGUCGCUCGCGGCGCGUCUUGGGGUCGGGUUCAUCCCCUUGAGGAAGAAGGGCAAGUUGCCUGGCGAGACCGUCGCUGUCAGCUACACCCUGGAGUAUGGGCAGGAUGUGGUGGAGGCGCAGGUAGGCGCCCUGAAGCCUGGACAGAACGUCGUCAUCGUGGAUGAUUUGAUCGCCACAGGGGGCACCAUGGCGGCCGCCUCCCAGCUCAUCCAGAAGCUGGGCGGCACCGUGCUGCAGUGCCUCGUGGUAAUUGAGCUCGUGGAGCUGCGUGGACGUGAGCUCCUGGAGGCUGACAUGCUGCAGUCGCUCCUGCAGUACUGAGUGCCAGCGCUGUGUGCUGCAGCCGCUCCUGCAGUACUGAGCACUGCUGCUGCCUGCCCACCCAUUGUCUACCACACAGGAAGCAACAACCUUGCUGACGUUCUUGCCAUUGAGACGAGACCCCCCCAAAAAAUAUGUUCGUGCUCACCCUACUAAAUUGCUUUAAAAUGUAGGCCUUUGUCAGUUCACUGCUGGGUGAAAACCUCACCACACUUUCGUUCAUGGGGGUUUGUUGACCGUCAUUAACCACAUGCUCAUUAGUUUGGAUUGGUGUAGGGGUGGGAAAAGAUGGGUUCUGAUAUCACUCGCUGCCGAUGUUAGCCAUGGCUGGGAAUCCAUCUCCGAUUGCCUGUUGAGAAUCAGAACCAACUGGUUACACUUUGGGUUUUGUUGCUAAUGAUCACUGCCACUGGAGGCGGCAAUCACAAAACCACCCAGCUUGCAUCACAUCAAGCUAAACUCGACUUGGAGAGUCACUCCCUUUGGAGGGUUGCGAUUCAGUUCAAUAAAUGGUAUUUUUCCCCUUUUGUGAUUGUGGUAGCUCUGAUGGCUGUCGGGUGUAUGCCAUUCAAUAGCAUGGGACAACAUAUUACAAAUCAUUUAUUUCCAUGCAAGACAAUUUCUGAAGGUAGCAUGAGAAUUAAUUUUAAUCACUAAAUGCCUACCUCUUGCUGGUAAAGGAGAAACCAAAUCUGAACCCACUGGUAAUGUGGGCAAUUAGUAUUUCUGGGCAGUUUUGAUUUGUGAUUGCUGGAGGAAUAAUCGAGACCUGCAAUUAUUCCACAGAUUACAGAAAAUUUGAGAUGUUGCUUCUCGUUCUUGAAUACACAAACCUUGACUGUGUCAGGGGGUGGGAAAUGUAAUUUUGAUGUGAAAAAGACUACGGCCAUUGUGGUGCUCCAGUGACAUGGGCGGCUAUGCCUAAAUGGGUAUGGAUAAUUUUUAGGUUUUGCUUUAAAAUUAUGGAAAUUGAUAUUUCUUUGUCAGUCCGCAACCUAUCAGCUGCAAUUCUUAACAGAUUUACAGGACAUGAGCCAAAACACUUAUCUGGCUUUUACUAUUCCUGGUGUCAUGCAACAAAAUAUUGGAUCAAACAAAUGGCAUGCAUGUAGACUCGCCAAAAUAAGGGAGGUGUAAGUUUACAUGGACUUGUUGGAUAUAGAAAACAUUUCCCAAUUUGCCUUUUUACACCGCCAAAAGUUGUGUAAAAGUAAAAUAGUGGCACCGAUCCAACCGGAUAGAUGUUAAUGGGACACCAUUUUUGUGCAGCCUGGAAGAGGUGGUGCAACUUUGUCCUGUGCAUUGUGCCUUGCCCUGCAGCCGUCAAAUGAGUGGGGGAAACACCCAGUGGCUGAGGAGGAGGCAUUAAGAGGGGUGCAUGUGUUUAAAAUUAAUUUAAGUUGAACGCCUGGACUGUAUAAUAAAUACUGCAAAAGCUAUGGAUCUUCUGCGGUCACCUUCUCGUGUUUCUCCCACGUAAAUUGUAGUCCCCAGUACUUUAACAAGGAUUGUUGAACGCUUAAAAGAUUAACAUUAUUUUCAAAUUGCAAGCAUAUACUGUAGAGGCUCAUGGGAUUGGGGGUUUCAUUCAGAUUGGCUCUGCCAGUUCAAUGUUAUUUGAUGCAUGUGAUAAGAAAUAAAAACACCAACAAUAAAACAUUUAAAACAUUUUUA